AUGGAAAGAACAAGAUAUGCAUAUGAGAAGUACCGUGAAGUUAGAAGUCAAAUUACUUCUGGUCGAACCUUUACAGUAAACUUUGACGAAGGAAAGAACAAAGAAGGCUUCAUGGGUGUACUUGCUGCCAUACAAGAUGGAAAUAAGAAAGGAUACAAUCUCAGAUUGACCAUAACAGAUUUGGAUGGUCACAUUUACUAUGCACAUGGCAAUGUCACAACAGCUGCAAUGCUUCUUGACGCUUUCAAGACUACAAAGAGAGAACAAAUGGUUGACUCCGACUCAGACAUUUUGAAUGCAAUUGAAGGAAUUGCAAGUGUCAAGUUCGAAUGGUACCAACCUAACCCUCAAGCAGUCAGACAACAUGCUGGAUACUUCCCCUUCAUAAAUAAGUCUGACAUUGACUUGACAAGGUAUGGAAUUUACAAUUCAAUUGAAACAAUUGUCAAUGAACCUUGCAUUCUUACAUGUCUCAGGAACUCUGGUCUUGUUACAGAAGAGAAGAUGAAGUAUCUUGAGUCAUGUGUGAAGACAAGGUACAUUCUCAGAGGUCAAUUGGCAAAAAUUGCACCGUUGGCAAAUGUCAAUAUCCGAGUCAGCAUACCUACAGCUAAAGGUUCUUCACAUGACGACUAUGUUGUUGACAAAGACUUACCAUGGUUGAAGAUUGUAAUUGUCCACAACCACUUCAUGUUGAACGAAAGUCUUACAAACCCAUUGUUCGGAAAAGGCAAGUGCAACAUUGUCAGAGCUGUAAACAUUCUUUUCGAGAAAGGUUUGUUGGAACCAAUUCCAGAUGACAAGCUGACAGAAACUUUUGUACCAAAAGACGAAACAAACUUUUCAUUGUUAGCAAGACCAAAAGUUGUUCCAGACAAAGUUCUAGUACAAAAGAAGUACACAAUUCCACAAGGAGUUGGAUUGUUCGGAUACCAACCUGAACCAGAAGAACUUCCAAUGAGGUUGCAAGAACUUCAAGAUGCUAUAAACAAACUUCCAUUGAGACAUCCAAUUGACGUCAAAUUGUAUUGGAGAGCAUCUGAGUUAGGUCAGAAG